GUUUAUGGCGCCCUCUUGUGUCCGUCUUGCAAAAUGCUGUGUGGCCUCUUCCUGUUUCAACAGAAGGGUGGGACAAGCGGAAGCAGCAUCUUACGGUGCUAAUAUUCAUCGCUGAGGUGGUUGAAUUACGUUAUUUGUCCCUCAACAUGCCGGCCUAUCAUUCAACCAUGCAGGAGGAGAACACCAGGUCGGUGGGGAACAUGGCUUUAAUGCCCCUUAAAACUCAGUUUAAGGGACCAGCGAGAGGAGAUGGAAUCGAUUCUGACAUCAUCGACGAGGCUAUCUACUAUUUCAAGGCUAAUGUAUUUUUCAAAAACUACGAAAUCAAGAAUGAGGCAGACAGGACGUUGAUCUACAUCACACUCUAUAUUUCGGAGUGUCUAAAGAAGCUGCAAAAGUGCAGCUCCAGGGGCCAAGGGGAGAAGGAGAUGUACACGCUGGGCAUUACCCACUUCCCCAUUCCAGGAGAGCCCGGCUUUCCGCUCAACGCCAUGUACGCCAAGCCCGCUAACAGGCAGGAGGAAGACACAAUGAGGCUUUACCUCCAGCAGAUCAGACAGGAGACCGGCUUGAGGCUAUGCGAGCGUGUGUUCGAUCCUGUGACGGACAAACCCAGCAAGUGGUGGAUGUGUUUUGUCAAGAAGCAGUUCAUGAACAAGAGCCUGUCUGCUCCAGGACAGUAAACCGGUAGGGGGGGGGCGCACGGCGUUAACAUCCGAGCCUCACCUUAUGGACGCUUUAUUUCUUAAGAUCGGAUUUGUGCUUUUUGCAGAGCAAUUUUAUACUGUUGCUAAGGACAUGUUGUCACAUAAGUGUACGUUUAAAUUGAGCUGGUGCUUGAUUCAAUAAAGUUAUUGUGGAUGCGGGAAAUUUAGUUGAUUUUCAAUUUACUAUGAUCCUUUUAAAUCAUAAAAUGUUCACCCAUUUAAAAAUGACACAUGCAUUCAAAUGAGUUGGUAACGGUUGAAAUUUAUUUAACAGCACUAUCCUCCAAAACAAAACAAAUCAAUUUCACACAACUACUCUAUUUAAUAACACUCGCCACAGCAAAGAUUGUAAACGACAUGCAUUCUAUUCUGAUAUGCCCUUUUUGUUUUUCUACAACACUAGCCCUCAGUUUGGUUUUAUAAAAGGCACUGUAUGGCUCAGUGUGGCAGACUUAUUUAAAAAAAAAAAAAAAGGUUCUUGUUUAAAAAUAAAUACUUUAUAUGAAGGGAAAACUAAAAUAUGGAUUGAGAUUCUUGGGGG